CGAUUCGACCACCAGAUUACAUAAAGAUAAGAAUUGCGCCAUUUAAACCUACAUGCAUGCAGUUGAGAUAUGACAGUUAACCAUGAUGGUUUAUAUACUAAUUGCGCUGCUUCUUAUUGUUACAUGUGGAUCUUUUGUUUUGGACGACUGUCAGCCUGGACCGCCGAAUGGCAACUUCGUUCUAAGCCUUAAGAACACACUGGUCUUACCAUUGUUCUUCCACAAUGUUACUCUUAAGACGACUGGACAGUGCACCAACGUGCUGAAGUACAUGGAAACAGCCUGUGACGGUGAUGAAAAUUUUAAAAAUUUCUCAAUGACUUACUUCCCAAAGUCUACCAGCUUCCCUGGGGCGUUCUUUGUAUCUGCAAUAAACGGUGUGGAGGGCGUGUCAGGGGAGACGUACUGGGAACUUAUCGAGCACAGCACUGGCAAGCAGUAUGACGUAGGAGCCACGCAUUACUUUCCGAAGGCUGGUGAUCAGGUGGCUUGGAACCUCACGCGUAUGUGACGAAAGUAUAACCUCGACCGGUUGUAAUUGGGAUAUUACGUUUUUAGUCAUUUGAAAAAUUAAACUGAUAGCCAUUCUCGUUUUACCGCUUUGAUUAAUGACACACGUUUUUGAUUUGCAAAUCCUUCACCGUGUAUGUCCUUUUACUCUUUGUAACAAUAUUAAAAUAAAUUGCAACUGUUUCGACAGAA